AUGGCUCGCUGCCUGAUCGCCGAGUCGGCGUCGUUCGGCCCACCGGCGCCGCCACCCCGCGGAGGCCUGGCAACGCCCACCACGCUGCUCGACCUCGAGGGCGCCGACAGCGAGGGCCGCACGCCGCUCCACGUCUCCGCCUGGCAGGGACUCACCGACAUGGCCGCCCUCCUGCUCGACGCCGGCGCCGACGUCAACGCCACCGACAAGGAGAAGAGAACGGCGCUGCAGUCCGCCAGUUGGCAGGGUCCCCCUGCAAUGGUGUCGAAGGUUUCGUCGGCCGUGCUGAUGCCUCCGUCGUACCGGUCGCACUCGCCAGUCGGCGGACAGGACGUCAGCCCGGACAGCACCUCGGACCUGAAGCGCCGCUCGUACAUCUCAGUGGGCAACCAGUCGUCGAGCAAGAGCAGCUCCAACUUCACCGGCUCCUCCACCAAGUCUGCUCAGGGCGUCACCCUGGUGCAGCAGCCCAGGAUGGACCUCUCCUUCACCCAGCAGCUGCAACGCGCCUCCAAACACCGGCCCCUAAGCCAGGUGCUGCUGCUGUCGCCGCUGAGCGAGCCGCAGAGUCCGAUCUACGCGUCGCCGCCGCAAUCGCCGCUGAGCGACUCGAGCGUGCGCAACAGCAACAGCUCGCCGCCCAAGGGCGAGCGGCCGACGCUGGCCAACUCGACGGCCAUCAACUCGCCGUUCCCGGACACGAUGCCGGUGUCGCUGGCGCCGCUGUCGUUCACGCAGGACUCGCACAUGCGCAUCAUCCUGGGCAGCCGGCCGACGCCGCUCGACAACUCUGCCAAGUCGAAGCGCAACGGCAUCGCCACCAACCCCAACCUCAAGACCAGCGCCAACAGCGUGGCCGGCGGCAUCAAGGUCGGCCUGAAGAACGGCUUCGAGGCGGCCAGGAAGCAGGUCACGGCCAAGUGCCAGGCCACCAGGAGCAACGGCUUUCCCUGGAAGAAGGAGACGCCGCUCUAACCUCCUCCCCCUCUCACUCUCUCGUCGGUGUCUUUGAAAUUUCAUCGCUGUUUUUCGGUAUUAGCCUCUCUCCUAUAGACGGCAGCUGCUACGCUUUGUGAAAAUUUCCGGGUCUUUGUCACAGCGAUUUUUUUGUUUAAAUUGGAUAUAUAAUUAAUUUACAACUCAAACGGUCAUUUUCUGCUUCAAAUUAGGAAGCUUUGGCACAUUCCUAGCUUUGUUUUGUGUCCAACUGGAAGUAAGUCAAUUUUGCCAAUUUUCAAGAAAGCGAGAAAAGUGAAAUUUCAUCAGCAUCAGCAGAGCCAUCUCAUCAUUGCCAAAAGUAAUACCAAGACUUACGUAUAAGGAGCAGGUUGUAAAUAAAACUGACAGAGGUGCUAGACGGAUGUGAGAAGAACGAAA